CGCCGUUUCUCUCCAGCAGGAUCUCUCUGGCCCUGCCUCCACUCAUCCAGUGAUCCAUUCUCGCGUCCAACCCUUCAGCAAGAAGGAACAUCUCUACGACCAGACCUCCGUCCUCAAUACAGACACACGUCUGUAUCUGUAUAGACACCCCCCCACAGCAGCCAUGAACGGCACUGAGGGCCCUAACUUCUACGUGCCCAUGUCCAACAGGACGGGCGUGGUACGGAGCCCGUUCGAGGCCCCCCAGUACUACCUGGCUGCGCGCUGGAAGUACUCAGUCGUGGCUACCUACAUGGUCUUCCUCAUCCUCACCGCCUUCCCCGUCAACUUCCUCACCCUGUACGUCACCAUCGAGCACAAGAAGCUGAGGACCGCCCUGAACUACAUCCUGCUGAACCUGGCGGUGGCCGACCUCUUCAUGGUGGUGGGCGGCUUCACGGUGACCCUCUACACGGCCCUGAAUGGCUACUUUGUCCUGGGGGUGGUCGGCUGCUACAUUGAGGGAUUCUUCGCCACCAUGGGAGGGGAGAUCGCUCUCUGGUCACUGGUGGUCCUGGCCAUCGAACGCUACGUUGUGGUCUGUAAACCAAUGAGCAACUUCCGUUUUGGAGAGAAGCAUGCUGUUGUGGGAGUGGCCUUUACCUGGAUCAUGGCCCUCACCUGUGCUGUUCCUCCUCUUGUGGGCUGGUCCAGGUACAUUCCUGAGGGAAUGCAGUGCUCCUGUGGGAUUGACUACUACACCCCGAAUCCUGAGCUCCACAACACGUCUUUCGUCAUCUACAUGUUCAUCCUGCACUUCUCCAUCCCUCUGGUCAUCAUCUUCUUCUGCUAUGGCCGCCUGCUCUGCACUGUUCGGGCGGCCGCAGCCCAGCAGCAGGAGUCAGAGACGACCCAGAGGGCGGAGAAGGAAGUCACUCGCAUGGUGAUCGUCAUGGUGAUCUCCUUCCUGGUGUGCUGGGUGCCCUAUGCCACUGUGGCCUGGUACAUCUUCUGCAAUCAGGGAACUGAGUUUGGCCCUGUCUUUAUGACUGCCCCGGCCUUCUUUGCCAAGAGCGCUGCCCUCUACAACCCGUGUAUCUACAUCCUGCUCAACAGACAGUUUAGGAACUGCAUGCUGACCACGGUGUGCUGUGGGAAGAAUCCGUUCGGGGAGGAAGAAGUCACCACGACAUCAUCUAAAACCCAGUCCUCCUCCAUCUCCACGGUGUCCUCCAGCCAGGUGGCUCCUGCUUGACCUUCGACCACUGCCCCCUGACCCUCCACCUGACCCAGUGCAUCUGGGAACCCACCGCCAAGCAGCAAAGCCUCCGAUUGGCAAAUUAUCUCGACUUACCUCUUCAGUCUUCAGAGCACAAAUAUAACUGCACGUGUGACCGACCACAUACAGACACAUUAAGGCCUCUACAUGUACAGUAUUAUACUCCCUUAACCAAGGAAAAGUGUAGUUGGCCUCAGUAAUUAUAAGACCGAGUUCUUGGUGAGUUCAUCCAACUGAACACGUUCCAUGGGUUCACCUCCCCUAAAACACAAUCAUACAAUAACAAGAUGAAACCCUCUACUGCCCCAACUCAUAGACACGUCAGAUUAUAUAAUUGACACUGACUCUUUUUACACGUAAUUGUUUAGGAUAAUCCCCUUAAUGUGCUUUAAAGGAUCUAUUUGUUAAAUGAAUACUUAGUUAAAAUGAGUUUUAAAUUUGUGUAGAUUGCACCUCCCAUUAAGUCUGUGUUGAAGCAGAGGUGGUUAGCUCUUGGCAGAAAGGGGACCUGAGUGUUAACAGAUGGACCUGCACCAAGCCUCUGCAGAGACAAGCUGCCUCCCAUAGCAUAAUUUGGUUGUGUGUGUGUAUAAGAGAGUGAGGGUGUGUGUGUGUGUGUGUGUGUGUGCCUGUAUGCAUGUAAAAGUACUCUGGAGAUACUAUAAUGUUGAUUGUGUGAAGGGUUAGGAUGUUGUGGAAGUAAAUGUUUUAUGUCCUGCAAUAAAAAUGAU